AUGGCGUCCAAGAAAGAGGGUGUGCUGGUCGCAGAGCUGGUGUGGGUCGUGCGCGGUGUGGUGUGGCUCAGCCAGCACUAUCAGACUUGCACGUCACAAGCAGCGAAAGAUGCCAUCUUAGGUAUCGUAGUCUGUAACUGGUGCGUCCUCGUGAGCGUGGUGAUUACAGUGUGGUGUACCUUCGACGCCGCCGGCCGCAGCUGGGUCAAGAUGAAGCGCUACCAGCGCUCCAUGCGCGACUCGCACUCCAAGUUCCAGUACAGGAGAUCUGGUAACAGAAACCGCAACUGGAGGCAGAGGAAAGUGCUGAGAGCGUAUCAGGAUAGCUGGGAUCACAGAUGUCGUCUGCUUUUUUGUUGCAUGGGAAAAUCUGACGAUGCAAGAAAUUCCUUCAGCGACAUCGCGCGUUUGCUGAGCGAGUUCUUUCGAGAUCUGGACGUGGUCCCGUCGGACGUGGUGGCGGGGCUCGUCCUCCUGAGAAAGUACCAGAAGCUCAAUCGGCAAGACAUUGUCAAAAGCUCCAAGAACGACGUCUACGAGUUUCUGUCUGGGGUCCCUAUUACGCCCAGGACGAGGUUCCUCCAGCUGUCAUCACUCGAGGGCAAGGAGGAGUUUGAAAAAAUCGUGCAUUAUAUGAGGUUCGCUUUGGCUAUCUACGGAUGGCCCAUGUUCGUGGUGAGCAGCAGCUCCAUUGAAGUCUGCAAGAUGUGUCCUCUCCUCAAAUGUUGGCGAUGCUGCUUUUCCUCCGAGGGUGAGCCAGAAGUUGUUGAGGACAAUUGCUGUGGCUGCAACGUGGCUGCCUUCAGGAUGAUGGCGCCUUCAGAAGGGAUGGACCUCGUCUACGUCACUUACCAUGUAGAUGUCGGCGAGACGCCGUUCUUCGUUGCCCUGGACCAUCGCCGGAGGGCCAUCGUUAUUAGCAUCCGAGGCACUUUGUCUAUGAAAGAUGUGAUCACGGACCUGAACGCCGAGAGUGAGCCUCUGCCUAUGGACACUAUCAAGGAUGAUUGGCUGGGACACAAGGGCAUGGUGUCUGCUGCAGAGUAUAUCCGGCGCAAGUUGAGGGAGGAUGACAUCUUAAACCGCGCCUUCCGCUUCGACACAACUAGGGGGACGCAGCUGUAUGACUUAGUUUUGGUGGGACACUCCCUAGGCGCUGGAACGGCAGCCAUCCUGGCCAUCCUUCUCAAGCAAGAACAUCCGAACCUUAGCUGCUUUGCUUAUUCGCCACCAGGGGGACUCUUGAGCAUGCCAGCUGCAGAAUACACUCGAGCUUUCAUCACCUCAGUUGUAGUUGGGAAGGACGUGGUGCCUCGGAUUGGGCUCCACCAAAUGGAGGCCAUGAGGGCUGACCUCAUCAAUGCUAUCCAGAGAUCUCGAGAUCCCAAGUGGAAGACCAUUGCUUCGUCGUUUCGUUGUUGCGGGGCAUGGGAGGACAGCGGGGGCGAAGCUGAGGAGUUUUCAACCACGAGAGCCGCCAUGAGGGACCACGCCUCUCACCCGUCCGACUCCUCGAUCGCCCUCACGGUGCACCAGCCGCUGUUUCCCCCGGGCAGGAUCCUGCAUGUCGUCCGCCAUCACCCCAACAAAAGGCAGUACGUGAUGAUUGAACUUCUUGUUUUUAAAGAGUGUGGUCUUCACUGUUGGAGUUUUGGCUAAUAACAUUAUAUAUCUACCGGUAUGUCAUUCCCUCAGAGAAAUACGUGACAAGUA